UCGAAAGCUCUUCACUCCUGCCAACUUGAUGCGUCUUUGCUGACUAUGCGGGUUUGUCACACGCUACAUCAGCUGUCUAGUUUUCCUGUGUACUCCUGUGCCUUUCUCUCAAGCGAUGAGCUGGUUCUUGGAGGCGGUGGAGGACAGUCCCGCACCGGGGUCAAGAACAAGCUGAGGCUAUACAAGGCCAUAGCCCACAAAUCUCUCGAGCAGCUCGAUGAGCUCGAGCUCGACAAAGGCGAAGACUUGCCCAUGAGCAUGGCGGCGUGGCCAGAGACCAAGCGUGUCGUCUGUGGCAUUAAUAGUUCCGAAGAAGCUUUGAAGAUUACAUCCAACCAGAACUGCAGGCGGUAUGCGUUGGAAGACAACAAGCUAGCGUUCGAGACAAGCGCAAACACUCUCGCCGUAAAUACAGAGGACGACGACUAUCAAAAAGUCACGGUCCUAUCUCCGGAUGGAUCAUUAGUAGCUGUCGCAGGCAAACACGAUCUGGCUCUCCUACAAUUCCCGUCUCUAGAACCCGUAGCAGAUCCUGUGCAUCUGGAGAAAGGAGAAAUUUACGACGCUGCGUUCUCUCCCACUCAUCUUGUCCUUGUUACUACGGUAAACCUUCUGGUGUAUGCGCUACCUGCUCCCAGUCCCGCCAGCACAAGCGAAAAGGCCGCUGGUAAACAGAGGGCAUCGGCGCUGGAACUCGUGCAACAGGUCGACCGCCCCAACUUACCCGGAAAGGACGCGGGCAGCAGCUUCCGUGCUGCCAGAUUUCAUCCUCAGAAUCCGAACAUCCUGUACACAGUUAUUAACACCGUACCUCCGCGAACAAGGACAAAGAACUCACCCCGGAGAGCGUUCAUAUGCAAGUGGGACACGAACAAAUGGAAGGUCACAAAUAAACGGCAGGUCAGUGAUAAAGGACUGACAUGUUUCGAUGUCAGCGCAAACGGCAAGUUUGUGGCCUAUGGUACAGGAGACCACACACUCGGCAUAUUAGACACCCAAACCCUCGCCCCUCUGUCGACUAUAUUGAAAGCGCAUGAACUUCCGCCGACCGUCGUCCGCUUCAACAUAACAUCUGAUUUGCUGGUGUCGGGAAGUGCUGACAACACUAUUCGCCUUGUCUCCGUUCCCGACAAUCUCACUGCAGCAUCGUGGAGUUCCUGGAUAAUUGUCGUCGUCACGCUCCUCGUAAUCAUCUUUGCCGUUAUAGCACAGCAGAUGCAUCUUGCGGCGUACUGAACUAGGAUCUACAUCUACUUAUGGAUGUUCCACUUGAAGCGAUGAGCAUGAACACGUUGUGGAUAGAUACUGGUGCAAUGGUAUCGAGAUUAGAGAGUUACAAUAAGCUACACAUAGGACUAGCUGAAUACUGCCGUUGCUACUCAAUCAUAAUCUUCCUCUUCAACCAAUUUGCGUUUCACGCCUGCCGAAGCAGUAUCCUCCUCUGCAGGAGCAGAGAUGUCCAUGGCUUCGUCACCGCUCUCUUCUUCUUCCUCUUCGCCACCGGAGAACAGCCCUCCCGCUUCUUCGCCCUCGCUCGCCUCCUCUUGUGCAGCAACAACCGGGGUCGUCAUGUCCACGUCCGACGGCGACUGCAAUGCGCCGACUGGCGCGGGGACAGCCUCCGGGCUAGAUUUUUCCUGCUCUGCUUGCUGCUCUUGCACGGCAGACGACAUCGGGAUCGCUGCGGGCUCCAUUUCCUCGUCUUCCUCCUCGGACUCCUCUAUUUCCUCGACCUCCUCGUCAUACAACGUCACACCCGGAGGGGGUUUGUUCGGUACGAGGUCGAAGUCGACGUUGGUCAGACAUUCAGAGGACGGCGGCAGCCGUACGCCGAAGACUUCGGGGACGGAGGGGAGGGGCGCCGCGUUCGUUUGGGCGGCCAGAGAGAGUAUGUACUCCUUGGGUAUCCGCCCUCCAAAUUCCCACCCGACACGAGACUGCACGGCCAGCGUGAUGUCGUCCAUAUCGACCUUGCCCGACCGCCCGGCGUGUUCGGCAUACACUAGCGCAUCAGACAGCACCUGGGCCGUGUAUCUGUGAGAAAACUCGAGCAGCUGAUGCAAGACGCCUGGCUGUGCAUCUUGUACUGUCGGUGUUGAGGCUAGCAGGAGCGCUAUAGAACGAGCAGUUGGCGGUAGGGUGUCGGCGGCGUUCGG